AUGGCUGGUAAGUAUGAGGGUCUAUUUUGUCUACUCUCGUUUAUUUUCAAGAUAGAAUUAUCGAAACUCGAAAUAAAAUAAGAAACAUGCACUAUAACUUACUGUUUCAAUUUCGUUUCUUUUUUAUUUUACAAAAGUAAAACGUAAGGCGCUUAAUUUGUUCUAACGUAAAAUUUACGUGAUAUUAUGCACCUAGUGGCCUAAUUUAAGAAUUUACCGGAGAAGAUUAUCGUUUUUAAAUUCCUAUUUUUUUCAUAUCAUUUCCCCGUGACAACGCAGAGCAAUCUCGAAUCAGACGUUAUUUCUAUAUGCAAAUUAAAAAAAAAUUCGAUUUACGUCAGAGGUACAAUGUGCCACUGCUUAUAAUACUAUUAUGACACCUGUUACAUUUGACAAUUACAUGUAAUAUCUUUUACCCAUUUGCUUGUUCAAAAUGCCAUGACAAUUGAAGAAAUUUGAAAUAGUUUUCUUGACAGUUUUUAAUCAAUGCAGCACAAUUUCCACAAAUAAGUUAGAUUAAGCGAUCUAUAAUUAAGCGCCUAAUUAAAACAAUUGUUAUGAACGAAAAAUUAAUUAUUUGAAAGAAGUUUGGUGUGUAUAUGAUAUGGAAUAUUUUGUAGGAAAUACAAUGUAUUUGUUUCAUAAUUUAUAUUUCAGUAUUUAUAAUAUAAAAUUAUAUUGUCACGUUAUUAUUAUAUUAUCAUAUCUUAUUAUUUCCUGUUUUAGCAAAUAUACAAUUUUUACAUUUAAUACAUUUUUAAUGUGAGCGAUUAUUUUUAGAACAAAAUCCAUACAACCAUUUAAUGAAGUCCAUUAAAAUCGGACUUAAGGACUAUAAAUAUUUUGAUAUUACAAAUAUUGGAAAAAAAUAUGGUAUGUAUCAUUAAACAAAUGUUACAUUUAAUCUUAGAGAAUUGUAAUUUUUAACAUGAAUUAAUAUUUGUAGACAGACUACCUUUCUCGAUCAGAGUGCUUUUGGAAAGUACAGUUAGGAGUUGCGAUAGUUUCCAAGUUAAAAAAUCUGAUGUUGAAAAGAUCUCAGAUUGGGAAGACAGUCAAGCUAUUGAGGGUGGAGUGGAGGUAGCUUUUAAACCAGCUAGGGUAAUAUUACAGGAUUUCACUGGAGUACCAGCAGUUGUGGAUUUCGCAGCUAUGAGAGAUGUUGUAAAAAGACUAGGAUCCGAUCCAGACAAAAUAAAUCCUAUUUGCCCUUCAGAUCUUGUUAUUGAUCACUCAAUACAAGUUGACUUUAACAGAAGCAAAGAUGCCUUAAAAAAGAAUGAAGAAGUGGAAUUUGAAAGAAACAAGGAACGAUUCAUGUUUUUAAAAUGGGGCGCCAAAGCGUUUCAAAAUAUGUUGAUUGUACCUCCAGGAAGUGGAAUAAUACAUCAAGUAAAUUUAGAAUAUCUAGCCAGAGUUGUAUUUGACACGAAUGGCUUGCUGUACCCUGAUAGCGUAGUUGGAACAGAUUCCCACACAACUAUGAUCAAUGGUCUUGGUGUACUUGGUUGGGGUGUUGGAGGAAUCGAAGCAGAGGCUGUUAUGUUAGGCCAGGCAAUGUCGAUGUUAGUACCAAAAGUAGUAGGAUAUAGAUUAGAUGGAGUCUUGAGUCAAUAUGCGACUUCAACAGAUCUUGUUCUUACAAUUACUAAGCACCUUCGUCAAGUUGGAGUUGUUGGAAAGUUCGUAGAAUUCUUUGGUUCAGGAGUUUCUCAAUUGAGCAUUGCAGAUCGCGCAACAAUAUCGAACAUGUGUCCAGAAUAUGGUGCAACAGUUGGAUUCUUUCCCGUUGAUCAGCAGAGUUUAGCAUAUUUAAAGCAAACAGGACGAUCAGAUGAACAUAUUAAUAUAAUAGAGAAGUAUCUUACUGCUGUACGUAUGUUAAGAAACUAUGACGACGAAAGUCAAGAUCCUGUCUUCUCAGAAAUAGUCACUUUAGAUUUAGGAACUAUUGUAUCUAGCGUUAGUGGUCCAAAAAGGCCUCACGAUCGAGUGUCCAUCGUAGAUAUGAAGGCGGAUUUCAGGAAGUGCCUUACUAAUAAGGUAAGAGCUUCUUCAAGCUAUUCUUAAUGUACAAUGUGUCUCGUGUCAAUCUAUUAACAUUCAUUGUGCAGAGCAUUUGA